GCAGAAAGAUAAAAGAUAGAAAUCACAAAAUAUGGCAGUAAAAAGAGCUCUACGAACAGUAAAUGAAAAGUGACAACAAUUUACAGUGGCUGGCAAAGCACUAGCUUACUUUAGGAGUUGCCGAAGACAGAUAAGUGCAAAAGGGUUAAAGUGUAGUUUAAAGGGUGCUAGGGUUCAACUGAAAAAAAAAUACUGCAAGAGGCAGAAAAACAGAGACGGCACACAAGGGUACAAUAGAAAAAGAACCUCCUUCAAGGCAAAGAGGAAGAUUCCACGAAAAGGGAGGAGGAAAACCUGGAAUAAAUACACGUUCUACAGAACCAGCAGUAGGGCUGCCAGAGGAUAGUAGGAUAUUCCAGAAGACGUUUGUGUGGUCAUGGAAGAGAAACCACUGAGCUAUGAAGAAUCCAUAAGGAGGGCUGGUGAUGCUCUUAAACGCUUUCCUCUGAUAGACGUUCAGGGUGUACCUCUCAUGAGCACGAUUGCCGCAAACUGGAAAUCAAUUUCUGAAUUCUCUCCCGACCCAUCGGACCUGCUUAUUGCUACCUACCCUAAAGCAGGUACAACCUGGACUCAGGAGAUAGUGGAUCUUCUCCUGCACAAUGGAGAUGCUGAGAUGUGCAAGAGAGCACCCACAACUGUCCGUAUCCCAUUCUUAGAAAUCGUCUCUCCUCCACCUAUACCAUCAGGGCUUGACUUACUUAAGCAAAUGAAGCCUCCAAGAGUCAUCAAGACUCACCUGCCCAUUCAACUAGUGCCAAAAGGUUUCUGGGAAAAUAAAUGCAAGGUUAUCUAUGUGGCCCGAAACGCGAAGGACAAUGCUGUAAGCUACUUUCACUUUGAUCGUAUGAACUUAACCCAGCCAGAGCCAGGACCUUGGGAUGGAUAUGUAGACAAGUUCAUGAAGGGGCAAUUGGGCUGGGGCUCUUGGUAUGAUCAUGUAAAAGGUUACUGGAAGGAACGAAAAGAAAGGAACAUCCUCUACAUCUUCUAUGAGGACAUGAAAGAGAAUCCUCAUAAGGAAAUCGAGAGAAUCAUGCGCUAUAUGGACCUCUCAGUUCCUGAUGAUGUCAUCGAGAGGAUUGUACAGCUGACAUCUUUCAAUGUCAUGAAGGACAAUCCAAUGGCCAACUACUCAUAUAUGCCAAAGCCUGUGUUUGAUCAAUCCAUAUCUGUCUUCAUGAGAAAAGGGGAAGUCGGUGACUGGGUCAACCAUUUCACUCCAGCUCAAUCCCAGGUGUUUGAUGAAGACUAUGCAAAACAAAUGAAAGAUGUGAAUAUUCCGUUCCGCUUCAGCAUUUGACUGGUUUAUUUUAUGCAUGUAUAAUCUGUAUGUAAGAUAAUCGUUGUAGCUAGUCACAUGUCAGUGUGUCAAAGUUUACAAUAUGCAAUGACAGAAUAUGAAACAAUCUACCAAGUUAGGCCUAUGUUUGAGAGAAAGUAAUCAACCAAAACACAUCUCAAAUCACAAGUCGUGUUGUUUUUGGAGGCCUGUUUUAAUUUUAGUUUUAGUCUAGUCUUAGUGUCAAGCUGUCAUUUUAGUUUUUAUUAGUUUUAGUCAUGUUCAUACUCUUUUUAAGCCCAUUGCACAUUGAGUCAGAAAUUUGCGUCCGAAAUUUCCGCACGUUAAAAAAUAAAUACGACCUCACGUUGUGUACAUCACAUUUACACACUGCCUCCGAUAUUUUCGUCCGUCAUAAAAAAUUUUGAACCGGGUUCGAUUUUCUGCGUUUUUCGCAUCCGUCAAGCAUUUUGAGUGGCCUUUUUUAACAAUUCAGAGACACCCUACAAACGAGAGCCAAAUACGAAAAAACGCAUAUGAAUAUUUCGGACUGUAUGUGCAAAGACCUUAAGUCUAGUCAAGUUUCAGUCGACUAAAAGUCUGAGCAUUUUAGUCUUAUUUUAGUCAGAAUUAUCCAUGACAUAAUUCACUCAGACACUCAGUCUCGUUUUUAUUCGUCAACAAUAUUGCAUUAUACUUUUAAUUAGUCAUCGUCACAUGACCAGCAUUUACGUUGCGUCUCGUCUCGUUUUCGUCACGUGAUAAAGGUUCGUUGACGACGAUAUUUAGUCGACGAAAGCAACACUAAUCACAAGUUCUCUUAAAUUUCUGUAAGUGGCUUAUAAUUGAUUUAUGCUUUUUUAUAACAGGAAAUUGUUUUUGUUUAAUGCAUUUAAAAUAAAUGUCUGAU